AUGGCUGACGGUGAAGCUAAAACUGCCUUGACAAAGUUUGUGGCUGUGACCGAUAGGGUCAGUCAGUUCGAAGCCAGGGUCAACAUCCCAACAGACCCACCUCCGUCUGUUCACACUAACAAGGUCAGACUUCAGCAGAUACAAGCUCUUUGGGACAAGGUAGAGAAAGAGUACGAGACGUGCUCUGAGGAUCUUUCCUUAGUAAAUAGUACAGACACAAUGGAAGUCUUUGAAAGAUGCGCUGCAACACUAAACGAAACGAUUGAAAGAGCUAGCGUUCAACCAAUUCAUGAACCGCCCACACCGGUGCCUCUGCCUAAGUGUGGCAAUUCCCUUAAGCACCUGAAGAGCACUGUCCAAGGCUGUUUGACAGCCCUGAAAAUAGCAAAAGUAGACAUAACAAACUGGGACUAUCUUCUCGUCUUCCUGUGCUCCUCAAAGCUGACGAAGCUGACGUUGGCUCUGUGGGAACAGUCCCUCCUCAACCCAUCCGAGAUUCCAGGCGAAGCGUCUGCAUAUGUGCUACCGCAUUUAGCCGGAAAUCUUCCAUCCUAUACGAUACCCGAAGGGUCGUUGAGGGACCUUCCUCCCAUCCAAUUAGCAGAUCCGAAUUUCUACCAGAGUUCAAAAAUUGACGUGCUCAUAGGCGCCGAUAUCCUUCCGUCGAUCAUUUUAGGCGGCUUCCAUUCAAAUGUUUUCGGAACACUCCUUGGCCAAGAGACCAUAUUCGGGUGGAUUAUUUGCGGCCCAAUUGCGAAGAAUCCCACUAACAGAAUAUCUUCCUUCUCAGCACGGUUGUCUGUCACCGAAUCUCAACUAGACGGUAUCGUCACCAAGUUCUUGGAGGUAGAGGAUGUUCCAGUGAAGCCGGGUAAGGAAUCCAGCUCGGUGUGUGAAAAUAAUUUCCAGCAAACCACCACAAGGGGUAAAGAAGGAUGGAAUGAAGUACGGCUGAAUAAAAACGCUCCUUUGAGAGAGCAGUAUAACUCAGUUAUUCAGGAAUAUUUAGAUUUGGGUCAUAUGCACAAAGUCUCUCCAAAUGACGACUCCAGCAAUUUUUACUUGCCACACCACGCGGUUUUCAAGCCAGACAGUACCACCACAAAGGUUCGCGUGGUGUUUAACGCCUCCAAUAAAUCGUCAAACGGAUCCUCAAAUGGCGUUUUUAAAUACGUCUUCAAUGCUGACAUCACUAAGAUGUAUCGGCAGAUUCUCGUCCAUUCCGAUCAUACACGUUUCCAAAGAAUCCUGUUCCGCGAUAAAGAGGGAAAACUCUGUGAUUAUGAGCUGAACACUGUCACUUUCGGCGUUAACUGUGCCACUUUUUUGCCAUACGCGUGCUUCAACAACUGGUUCACGAUAUUUAUGUAUGUCGAUGAUGUUUUAGCCGGCACCCACACGCAGCAGUCCGCUGUUUCAGCCAUCAAAGAGCUCCGCGGUGCCCUAGAGAGCGCGGGCUUUCCACUGCGCAAGUGGACCUCAAACGAGAAGAAACUUUUACAGGGCAUUCCAAAGGAACACUUGAUUAGGGCCGACUUUCUGGAGUUGGAAGACGCCAGUAUUUCAAAAACUCUGGGAAUCCGUUGGCAUGCGACAUCGGACAGUUUCCUCUUCCUGCCGAUGGAUAUUUCUCUCCAAACAACCUACACCAAACGAGAGGUUUUAUCCCAGAUAGCCAAACUGUUUGACCCAGCAGGAUGGUUAUCGCCAUUUAUUGUUCGGGAAAAAAAGCUCUUGCAAGAAAUUUGGUUGCGGGAGUUAAGCUGGGACCAGCCCCUUCCGACUGAUCUUGUCACAAAGUGGCGUAAUUUUCUUGAGGGGUAUCAGACUUUGAAAGAAGUUCGCAUCCCAAGAUGGGUUAGAUUUCAUCCAGCAGCAAAACUGCAGUUCCACGGGUUUUGCGAUGCAUUGCAGAGCGCCUAUGGUGCUGCCAUCUUUGUUCGCGUCGAAACGACUGAUGGCUGCUUCACCCACUUGCUUUUGUCCAAAACCCGAGUUGCUCCAGUAAAGUCCCUUUCUAUACCGCGAUUAGAGCUGUGCGGUGCGGUGCUUCUCUCCGAACUCGCCGCAGCAGUUCUCUCCGAAAUGACUCCUACUCAGGGCGUCUCAGUCCAUGAGCUCAAGGACAGCAACCUCUGGUGGCAUGGACCUGAGUGGCUGCGUCACAACCAGGAGCAGUGGCCACUCAAUUCGUCGGUCCCGCUCGAAAUCGAGCUCGAAAAGCGCCCAAUAAGGUGUAACGUCGCCACAGCGCCCCCGAAAAAUGACAUUCUGGAGCGUUUUUCGGCAUUCGAGAGGGCUUUACGCGUUCUCGCUUACGUAUUCUGGUUUGCAAGAAUGUGUCGCAAGCAAAACGUAAACAUUAAGGCAGAACUCACUGCCGCAGAGUUGUCUGAUGUCCAAGAGAGGCUGAUUGUGCUCACCCAACUCAAUGAGUAUCCAAUAGAAUACAAGGCCUUAGGCAAAAAGCAACAUAUUCCAGUCUCCAGCACGAUCUCCAAUCUAAACCCCUUUAUCGACAGCCACGGUGUCUUAAGAGCCAGCGGUCGUCUACGAGCAUCUGAGAUGCUAAGCUAUGAUGAGAAACAUCCAAGCAUCAUUCCGGCAAGGUGCACUUUUGCCAAACUUUUGGCCCUCUUUACCCAUCGCAUAUCCUUGCACGGGGAUAUAUGGAUAAAGCUGAGAAAUCUUGUAAAAGACACCAUUCAUUCCUGUCGAGUGUGCACCAUUCACAGACAGAAGCUGCAAACUCAGCUGAUGGGAGACUUGCCCUGCGCAAGAUCUACAUUUUCCAGGGCUUUUACCCACACGGGCGUUGACUUUGCGGGUCCAUUUGAUAUAAAAAACUAUGUCGCCUUCUCGCGUUUCUCCGCACGACGUGGCUGUCCGCACCACAUAUACUCUGACAACGGGAAAACGUUUGUUGGAGCCUCCACGUCCUUAUCCAAGGAUUUCAUUGAAGCUACGAGGUCUUUGAUCCUGUCCAAGUACAGUCUUCAAAAUGUGACCUGGCACUUCAACCCUCCUGGCGCGCCUCAUAUGGGAGCGCUAUGGGAGGCCGGUGUCAAAAGCUUUAAGACACACUUCUACAAGCAAACAGCUGGCGGGAAGUACAGCUUUGAAGAGUUAAUUGUUCACGAUGGCGCCAACUACAAUCCAGCACGCUCGGCCACGCGCAACCAACGGGUACAGGUGCCGAGUUUGCCGAGGGGUGCACGCGCUGAGGAAAUGCCAACGGUUCCUUCGGCUCCCGGCGGUGAAGCGGCUCCGCGCGGUCCUCAUUAA